UAUUUCAGAUUCCACGUUGCUUGCAAAGAAGUCUCUCUGCGGACUGGAAAAGAGGGGCGUCACUUAAAGGAUCUUUCAACAUGCUUUGACAAACUAUAAAGACUGGACAUUUUCUAUCAGUCAUCAUCUUGUUCUGUGUCAGGCAAUCAUCACCUCAGCAAAGAUGGCAUCAGGCUUUCCGUUUGCUUUGUUGCUCUGUUUGUCCAUCGGACUGUUGGCUGCAUCUUGUUGUGGACAAACCUCCUACCCAGGUUCCUGCCCUCCUGGUUGGACUCAGUUCGGCUCUCGCUGUUUCAGUUUCAACAUCCAGGGAAAGAGUUGGAUCGAUGCAGAGAACUUCUGCAAGUCCGCCGGUGGGAAUCUGGCUUCAGUCCACUCAGAAGAGGAACAUGAAUUCCUCAGAACCUACAUUCACCAAGUGACCGGUGCAAACAAACGGACCUGGAUGGGAGGCUUUGACUCAGUGCAGGAGGGCGUGUGGAUGUGGUCUGAUGGAUCCACAUUCGACUACACCAGCUGGGGUCGGGGGGAGCCCACAAACGGAGGUGGAGCAGAGCACUGUCUUGAGAUGAACUAUCUGGACAAAUGGAACGACACGCCGUGCAGCAGACUAUUGCCUUUCCUGUGCUCCAAGAAGCUGUGAGGCCUCCCGCCAUCAUGAUCUCACUACAGCUCAUCUAUAAUCUCUAUCAUUGAUUCACUUUCAGUUUGUUCUGCAGACAGAAACAGCUCUCUGCUGACAGACUCACUUUCACUUGUUUAUUAUCUGAAGAGUUAGGAAACGGUUCACAUUUGAGUUUUAACAUUAGAAGGAAACUGACUCUCAGAGCUGGAAAAAAACAUAAUCAGUUAUUGGACUUUUAAUCUAUAAAUAACACAAAAUAAAAUACAGAAAACAUUCAAAUACUCUGACAUAUUUUUCCAUUUUAGUUUACUGAAUAUUGUCUGUUACAAACAGCGUCCACUGAUCUCAUAAAAUAAAACUUCAACACACUUAUUUGAUUUCUCUCUGAGAGACAAUGUUCAGAUUGCGCAGACGUUAGCUUAGCUUAGCAUAAAGAUGGGAAACGGGGAAAUACAUAGCCUGGCUCUGUCUAAAGGUAACAACAUCUACCUACCAGACAUGAGUGGUGACGAUCUUCUCUUCAAAAAUGUCCAA